AUGAAUAUCCUGCAUUCCACACUAUCCACCUGGCGAGACCGUCUAGCCCCAGUCUCACGCACCUCCACCUUCCGGUCGACCGGCCAAAUCACCCCAGAAGAGUUCGUCCUGGCAGGCGACUACCUCGUCUACAAGUUCCCCACCUGGUCCUGGGCCGACGCCUCCUCUGAAGCCAAGCGAGUAUCCUACCUGCCCGCGGGGAAACAGUUCCUCGUAACGCGCGGGGUGCCGUGCCACCGGCGGCUGAACGACAACUUCGCGGGCGAUGCCGGCCACGACGAUGAGAUCGUGCGGGACAUGCUCUCCGGUGGGGUAGAAGGGGAAGAAGGUGCCACUGGUGGCGAUGAAGACGGCUGGCUCCGAACAGGCGGCGGGCGUGAUCUGGCUGGGGACCAGGCGGCGAAUAUCCGGGAUGUGCGCACCAUCAACGAGUCCGGGAAUCUGGGCGAGCAGGAGGAUGAGGACGAGAUCCCUGAUAUGGAAGAUGAUGACGAUGACGAUGAGGCCAUCAUCCGGGAACCCGCUGGAGGCUCGGGCACGACGCAACCCCUUCGCACCUACACCCUCUACAUCACAUACUCAAACUUCUACCGCACGCCGCGCCUCUAUCUGUCCGGGUACCUGUCACCAUCGGAACCCCUCCCACCACACCUGAUGAUGGAAGACAUUGUCGGCGACUACAAGGACAAGACCGUGACGCUAGAAGACUUCCCCUGGUUCGACGGUAGCGUGAAGAUGGCCACCGUCCACCCAUGCCGGCACGCCUCCGUCAUGAAAACGCUCCUCGAUCGCGCAGACGCGGCGCUCAAGCUUCGUCGGGAAAAGCUGAAGCAGACCCAGUCGCGCGAAGAGGCGGAUCGCGUCUUGCGUGCGGCGGGGAGUAGCGGUUUGGAGGGUCUAGUCGAUGACACGAAUGCCUUGUCGCUUGGCGAGCAACAACAGACCCAGCCUGGUGGCGAUGAGUGGGAGGUUCUCCAGCGUGACGAAGAGGAGCAGGUCGCUAUCCGCGUGGAUCAGUAUCUGGUUGUCUUCCUCAAGUUCAUCGCCAGCGUGACUCCCGGCAUUGAGCAUGAUUUCACCAUGGGAGUAUAA